AUGACUACCACUCGGUAUUCUCGUGCGUUCGUACCUCACGAUAAGGUUUACGGACUUCUAGGCAUCUGUGGCCAAGACUGCGUCAAGAUCGACUACUCGCAGAGCGCGGCGCAUCUCUAUCGCGAUGUAACCCGCGAAUACAUGAUGCGAGUGAUCAACAACUUCCAACGCACCAAGUCAAAACACAAUGACCAGGCAGAUGCGUUGAAUCGGCAUUCGAUAUUCAGGUCGCUAGUCAGCGUCGACCACGAUUCGGACCUUCUGGGCCUGCCGUCAUGGGUGCCCGACUGGAGACAGCCUCGGCGAACUAUUCCCUUGGGAUACCUUCACUGCACCGCCUCCAUCUACGCUGCAGCAAGUCAACUGAACCCGGAAAUCGCAUUCGACAGGAUCAAUCCGUCUAUUCUCACCAUCAAGGGGAAGAUAUUCGACCAGCUUGGUGGGCCAAGCCGCCGCUGCACCAACUCGCAGAUCAGCUUCGAGAACCCGGCAUUGAUCAAUACUGAACUUCAUGAAGCCAAAGGGAAGAGGGAAAUUGGAGCUGGGGAAUCUCCGAGUCAGAAGGCCAGCAAAAACGUUUCAAGAGCUUCGUACGGCGGUGAGUGCAGCCAUGCAUAA